GGUGAGGCUGAUGUGCCACUUACACGCUGGCAUUCUCCGACCAGCCAGUACCUCGGACAGGGCCCCAUGUGUUAGAGACUGUUUCACUGUUCAAAGUAUAGCUACUCUGAGAAGUUUGGUAUUCAUUCGAAAUGGUUGUAACUGGUGGUAUAUGCCAUUGAAGUUGUCGUUUGAUCGUCAGCUUUGUAAGCGCCACUAAUGAAGCAAAAAGAGGUUUAGUAGGUAAUAGGAGCCAUUCGAGCAGAGAUUUAAGAGAAGGGAUAAAAAAACAACCGAAAUUCGUUCACCCCACAGCUCACAUUCAGGGUGCCAAGCUCUAGGUUGAUAGCUGAGGCCUCUUUUCAGCUACACGAGCAGCCGUUCAUAGAGCGUAGGUACCCUCGACCUUAUAGGGGUUAGCAGGGCCAGAAAAUGCCCUAUUGGGUUAUUUCACGGGCUAUCCUGAAAAAGAAACAAGGGAAGACAGCCACACUUGCAGCCCUGCAUGCUUGGACUGGGUUAGUCUAGCGCCUCGGCACUUCUGCCGGUUGGGGCGAGAGAGCGAGGCAGACUAGCUUUGGGCUUCUGGGCUGCUGGUAUAAAAGAGGAUGGCAUACGCAUUCUUGUGGCGUGAGAGGAGUUGGUUUUAUCCAUUCGACCUAAUUCUUCCUCUCUUUUACUUCCUUUUUGUCAACAAGAUACCUGGUGUUAGGACUCCUCGAUCCAUAAUUACGCAUAACCUCUCAUUUCUCACCUGUCAUAUCAACAACAAACCUGAUACCUUGACGAUACAAUGUCUGCCCCUGUUAACAACGAAGCUCAAGCUCCCAUUGAGCCUGUGGCUGCUGCUCCCGUAGCUGCUGAACCUGCUGCUGCCCCUAUCACUGAAACCAAGGCUCCCGCUGCGGCUCCAGCUGCUGCUUCUACUGGCGGUCCAAUUGACCAGGACGACCUGAAGCGAUGGACCGAUCGCGCCAAUGACAUUCUCGCUCGCCCUUCUGAGCAUCUCAACUCAUCUUCUGCUCCUGGUGCUCAACCGUGGUAUGCUGGAUUCUUUGACUGCUUCAACCCCGUCGACUCGUGCCUUAUUACAUGCUGCGUUCCGUGCGUCACCUUCGGCAAGGCGCACCACCGCAUUCACAAAGAUCCUUCUCUGAAGGGCUACGAGCCCGUCAACACUUCUGUAAGUCACCAAUUACGUCUUGCGAUUUUAUUGUGUGAUGAAGAAUGGAAGCAAAAGUGAUGUGCUAACAUCGGAUUGCAAUACAGUGCCUUCUCUUGUGUGCUUCGGGAUGCGUUGGCUGCUUCUGUGUGCCGAUUGCGGUCCAAAGUCAGAUGAUGCGUGAGAAGUACCAUCUCGAGGGAUCCUGUGUUGAGGAUCUUCUCAAGGCCUGGUGCUGUGGCUGCUGCACUCUUAUCCAGCAGGACAAGGAGGCCGAGUAUCGCGAGACCCUUCUUCGCCAGGCUCAGACCGAUAGCACCAAGCAGUACCAAGCCAGUGGUGGCAUGUCGUAUCCUGCUCAGUAAUUAGAAAGUUGAUGGGCGUGUAGGCGCUGCUACAGUUAGAUACCCGUGGGCAGAAAGCCCUUCUGUUGUUCUGUUUCUAAUUCCGAUGCCACAAAUAGGUAGAUGCAGGCAGAUUGUUUAGUUUGAAAUGCAUUUGUUUGCUCGUGUCUUUAUUUUUUUUCUUAUUGAUUCGUGCAUGCCACUCACGAUCUUCCAUCGUGCAGCUGAAUCACAGAUGUUAGUAAACACGGAGUAUUUGUUUUAUUGACUUUUCGUGCUCUUUUAUUCACGAUGCUCCCUGUCAAUGUGAUGGUGUUUGUGUUGCAGAAAGCGAUCGAUUUGGUGAUGCUAGUGUGAGAACCGCUGUGG